GGGGCGGCCGCCGAGGGGCUGGACGGGGAGGACGAGGAGGAGGAAGAGGAAGAGGACUGCGAGGACUACGAGGACUUCUCCGAGCUGCCCGACACCUGCAGCAUCGCCUCGGACGACUCCUUCUACCCGCCGGGGGGGCUGGAGGACGAAGACGAGGACGUCUGGUCCCUGGAGCGGGGGGAGUGCCACAGCCCCGAGCCGCUCAGCCUCUUCCGAGCCUGCUGCACCAACAACGCCCUCGUGCUCCGCUGUCGCGCCGCCCCCGAGCCCCCCCCAACUUAAGAGGGAGACAGGAACUUCAGAAAAAAUGGUCUUAUUGUUGCCUGUUACCAAGGUUAUGUGGAUAUUGUAAUAGCCUUAGCACAAUGCCCUCACCUUGAUGUGAACUGGCAGGACAAUGAAGGGAACACGGCUCUAAUUACAGCUGCACAGGCAGGGCACAUAACCAUUACAAACUAUUUGUUGAACUAUUUUCCCGGGCUUGAUAUUGAGAAGACGAAUGUGUUCGGAUUCACAGCACUGAUGAAAUCUGCGAUUCAGGGCCGAACUGAAUGCGUGAAAGCCUUGAUGUUGGCAGGGGCAAAUGUUCACAUGACUGACCCAAGCCGAGGACUGACUUCAUGGGAAUGGGCUUGUUACACAGGAAGGUCAGAAUCUGCCUUCAUCAUGCAAAAGCUGAUGGACAGGCCAUGCCCGGAACAGCUUUGUGAUCAGUAUAAACCAGAAUGGCCAAAGAUGAAGGAACUUCUUGCCAAAGCUGCAGAGCCAAAAAGCUGUUUGCAGAGGAUUUCUGAGUGCAUGAGGGCAGCUCUCUCAUUCCGGUCUUUCUAUGGCCCAGAAGAAGACGGGGUCCUUGAUCACAUGGUGAAGGUGACAACAAGCUUGAGCAGUCCUUUCAUUGCUCUGUCAUGCCGGACUGUGUGCCCAGGCAGCCCGCCUUCUGUGGGAAAACGCAGACUGGCUGUGCAAGAAAUCCUUAGGAAGCAGAGAGCCGAGGAGAUCCGAUCUCAGGACAAAGACCACUUUAGCAGCUACGAGAAGCUAUUUCAGAACUCCAAAGUCACGCUCAUCCCCAAGAAGAAGGAGCGGCGAGCCAGCCUGCAGCCCAUCAGCCUUGCAGUUUCUCAAGUGAACACCUUAGCCACUAGGAAAGUAAGCCUCUUGCCGCUCCACCUGCUUAGACGGAGUAGCGUCAGGCCGGGAUUUGUCAUCCCCAAAGUCCGUAUCAGCAAGGCUCCCCCACCCACCUUCCAGCCAGAAAAGGUGAGAAGGACGAGCAGUACAAAGGACGACCCCUAUUUGCAGAUUCCCAAAUGGAGAUACAAGGAGCUAAAAGAGGAGCGGAAGAAGGCAGAGGAACAGGAGAAGAAAAAAGCAGCAGAGGCUCAAAAGCAGAGGCAGGUGUCUCCUGCCAGAUGCAGGACCUGA